UGCAAGUGUCUCCCUUCGGGGCAAAUUCCUUCAAGCUACUUUAACUCCAGGAUACUGUGGGAUUUAAACAUGCACACUGAAGUUUGGGUGCAGCCCGUGCUAGUGCCACUGGUUCUAAUUCUGCUCUCUUGCGCGGAGGACACAUUGUUACAGUCGGCGGGCCAGGUAGCAGGCGUGUGUCGAUUGUCGGCCGAGUCAUCCCUGCGCCGCUGCCGGACGCCCGACGGGAACAUCUGCAGCGGGAGGGGCAAGUGUGACUGCGGCGUGUGCCUCUGCCAGGCGUCAGAUCCAGGAAAAUUCUAUGGUCCUCGCUGCGAGUGCCAUGACUGGGUCUGUGCCACACACAAUGAAAAAAAAUGUAAUGAUCGUGGCUACUGCGACUGUGGCAAGUGCGAGUGUGAUGACGGCUGGUUUGGAGAAGCCUGCCAGUUCCAAGAGGAGUGUAACCUAACCGGGAAGAAGAGCAGGGAGCUGUGUAAAAACCCACAGGGGGUGGUGUGCUCCAACAGAGGGACUUGCCACUGUGGCAACUGCAUGUGUGCCAACAAGGACAACAAAGGCCUGGUGACGGGACGUUUUUGCGAGUGUGACGACAGCGAGUGUCUGGACGAGGACACCGGUGAGGUGUGUGGAGGCCACGGCCAGUGUUACUGUGGAAACUGUUACUGUGCUGCUGGUUGGCAUGGAGACAAAUGUGAAUUCCAGUGUGACAUCAGCCCGUGGGAAAGCAAGCGGAGAUGCACAUCUCCAGACGGCAAGAUAUGCAGUAACCGAGGCACAUGUGUGUGCGGGGAAUGUAGCUGCUACGAUGUCGAUCCUUCCGGCGAUUGGGGGGAUAUUCAUGGAGAUACCUGCGAGUGUGACGAGAGGAACUGCCACUCCACGUACGAUCGGUACACCGACGACUUCUGCUCGGGUCGCGGUCAGUGUCAUUGCGGCAGAUGCGACUGCAAGGAGGGAUGGGCCGGAAAGAAGUGCGAGCAUCCUCUCUCCUGUUCAAUGUCUCUGGAGAGUAGCGUGAAGAAGUGCCGGGGAACGUCCAGGCUGCCCUGCUUCGGACGAGGUCAGUGCCAGUGUGGACAGUGUACCUGUCACCCACCUGGGGACAGUCGAGUUCACGGCAAGAACUGCGAGUGUGAUGACCGCCAGUGUGAGGACCUCUCUGGAGAGGUCUGCGGAGGUCACGGUUACUGUUCGUGCGGACGCUGUAUUUGCCAGGAGGGCUGGUUCGGCAAGCUGUGUCGCUACCCCAGGUCAUGUGACAUGAGCGACGCUCAGAGCAAGGAGCAGUGUGAGACUUCGGACGGCGUCCUGUGCAGUGGCAAAGGUUCCUGUCACUGUGGGCAGUGCAUCUGCUCCCCCAAAGAAUGGUGGGUAUCCGGGGAGUACUGUGAGUGUGAUGACAGAGAGUGUGACAAACACGACGAUCUCGUAUGCACAGGGAACGGACUGUGCAACUGUGGCACUUGUGAGUGUUGGGAUGGAUGGACGGGGAACGCCUGCGAAAUCUGGGUGGGGACUGAGUACUGAGAUCUGAUGGUGAUCAGAAUAUUAAAAAACGCCGUAACGUCAUGACUUGUAAAGGUCACAACCAGGCUUGGAGACGCUAAACAUGGACUUCACUAUUGUUUUUUUUUAUUUUAAUUGUACUGGUUACAAUGUAUCUUGCACAAUUUGUUUUUUGCUAUCAAUGCAAUUUUAAUUAUGUAGGAACGCUUAUGUGCACAUGGCUCCACCAUAUAGGCAGCAAGUUGGUGACAAAUCCAAAUGUCGGAUCCAUAAAUAAAUCAUAAAAAUCAAGCUUUGUAAUUUCUUUUAUGUUUUUUUUAUUUGAAAUAAUAAAACAUUAAAUGUGCCGCAUGAAACGACAUUUUGCAUGGAAACCAA